UUUUUUUUUUUCUGCCAUUGUUGUUGUUUAGAUCCACCUUAUAUCAUUCUUUUCUUUUAUUUUCACAAUAAGAUCAAGACAUCAUGCCAGGAAAUAAUACCAAGAAACAACCAUCUGAUAGACGAGACUCCCUAAAACAACAAGGUCAAUCAUCACAACAACAACAACAACAACAAACUAAUUCCAAGAAGAAUGCACAAGGUAGACAAAAGGAUAUCCACUUCAAUAAUAUCAAACGUCAGACUCAUACAGGAUUGAAUGGAUUCAAUGGUUCAGAGGUGACAGCUUUCUUGAAUCAACGGUACUCGGACACUCUGACGGCAUUUCAUAACUCAAAUUUAGAUGCAUCUGUACGACCAGUCAAAUAUGAAAGUCAAGAAAAGGCAUGGGGCAAUAAGGGAUUAGGAUCAUCCUCUUCCUGGGGACAAAAAGGUGGAACUAUGGCCAAUGGACAAGAUUUUUUAUUAGAAUUAGUUAAUCGUUCAAAAUGAAAAUAUCCAUUAAUAAUAAUAAUAAAAAAAAACAAUGUAUAUAUAUAUUUUU